AUGUCGCUCCGAAACAUACGACCAUCGGACAAUGCUAUCCCCAAGCAUUUGGCACCCGGCGGAAUGCCCUCGACGCCACUGCACAGCGGCGACGCCAGAGCGAGUCUGCCUGCCAGCGAUCUCAUACAAGAAUGCAUAGACUACUUCACCCGUCAUCUGUAUGCAGUUCAACCGAUUGUGGAUCGAGCGACUAUUGAGUACGCUUUGCGUCGGAUGGACACCAAUGCUGGAAGCGGACCGCGUCAUUUGCUAUGGGCAAUCUGUGCAUACGUCCUUCUCCACCCUAAGACAGACCUUUCUGGACCGCAACAAGUCCUGCUCUGCGGGAAAGACCGUUUCACCUACGGAAAGGCAUUGCUAGAACUUCUUUACCAACAGCGCACGUUGGCUCGAAGUACCCUCGAUGCGACGGAACGCCAAGACCCAGGCCUUUGGUGUAUUCUCACACCAACGCUCACCGCCGGGGCACGUUCAAGCCUACAGGACAACAAGGGCGCAUGGAAUGACCUUCGCGAGGCGACAAGCAAUGCGUACGCAUACGGCAUAUUCCGCCGUCAGACGGUUUCUCAGCAGUACCGGAUUUUGCACCUUGUACUAUUCAUCAACGAACGGCUGUACGCGCUCAAGCUCCUCCCUUGGGAGGGCAGCUUGCCACUCACGGUGAGCCCGCCUAUGGAAGAUCACGAAUGGCUGUCGCAGCAGAGAUGCAACACCAUUGUCAACAGACUGGUCCUCACGUACCUGUUGGUAUCGCAGGUAGGACAUCACAUUCUGAACGGGCAUACCUUCGAGGCACUCAAAAUGCAAUGGCAGUAUCUUGAUCUGGAUCUUGCGAGGGGCCUAGCAUGGCGGAGUGACGAAGCUCAAGUCCUAGAGACGAGGUGCUUGCAGCACUGGUUGCGCGCUGCCGUGUGUCCACGAGCACGCCCGCACAGUUGGCGGCCAACCACGGAAUGGCGCGAUGUUGUGAUUGCCAUUCUCCAAGACGCAUGGCACCUCAUUGGGAUCGCCAAGAAUAGCAAUCGCAGUCAUGUGCUUGACUUGUCAAACUUAUGCGAUAUCGCCUUCUUCGGACUGGAUGCGCUUCCAAUGCUCGAAGCUAGCUGGCCCGAAUCAGGGACCCAGCUUCUAGCGUAUGUCGACUUGAUCGUGGCCGAGACGGGCGAAAUGAUGAAAUCAUCUCAGAAUGCGCAUCCAAGCAUCGUGGAACUACUCUGCGACGCUCGUUCGAAAAUUACAUCGAUUCAAGUCUCUCAGCAGGCUAUUAUUAGCUGUGUGCCUGCGCAUUUUGCACUCAACGAUGCUCUGAUUGAUUCCAGCCCAGGUGUUGGAUACUCGGGCUCGGGAGUAGAGCCUUAUCCUUCUGCGUGA